CCAGCAGGACUGUGGUACCAAACCCAUCCAGCAGGUUUGGUACCACAGUCUCCGCUCGGCGCCAUAUUAGACAGACGCUGGUGCGGAAGGUGGGGAAGGGGAGGAGGACUCCUCCUGAUAAGGGUACUAACCUAUACGCAAAAUACUUAUGGUUGACAAGUACUUGGGUGAACGUAGUCCCAGACUUGCUGCUUUCGUAGUUGUUGAGCACACUCGCCGGCAGAAAUGACUUCGUUGACUCAGAGGAGUUCGGGCCUCGUGCAGAGGCGGACCGAAGCCUCGCGUAACGCCGCUGAGAAAGACCGACCGUCCGGCCAAGAAGACCACGGGCCCCGGCGAGCGGAGGAUCAGGACGAUGAUGAUACCGGAGACUCCAAAGAAACACGUCUUACACUGAUGGAAGAAGUGUUGCUGUUAGGACUGAAGGACCGAGAGGGCUACACCUCAUUCUGGAAUGACUGCAUUUCAUCAGGGCUGCGAGGGUGCAUGCUGAUCGAGCUGGCCCUGCGAGGACGCCUUCAGCUGGAGGCCUGUGGCAUGAGGAGGAAAGGUCUGCUGGCCAGGAAGGUGAUUUGCAAGUCAGAUGCUCCUACAGGUGAUGUGCUCCUGGACGAAGCUCUCAAACACAUCAAAGACACUCAGCCACCAGAGACUGUGCAGAGCUGGAUCGAGCUGCUCAGCGGAGAGACGUGGAACCCGUUGAAGCUUCAUUACCAGCUGAGGAACGUCCGUGAACGGCUGGCCAAAAACUUGGUGGAAAAAGGUGUCCUGACUACGGAGAAGCAGAACUUUUUGCUGUUUGACAUGACGACACAUCCCCUGACCAACAACAACAUCAAACAGCGCCUCAUUAAGAAGGUGCAGGAGGCUGUGCUGGACAAGUGGGUGAAUGAUCCUCAUCGAAUGGACAAGCGGCUCCUGGCUCUCAUCUUCUUAGCCCAUUCCUCUGAUGUUCUGGAAAAUGCCUUUGCCCCCUUGUUAGAUGAUCAGUAUGACCUCGCCAUGAAGAGAGUGCGGCAGCUGCUGGAACUGGAGCCAGAAGGGGAGAGCAUGAAGGCCAACACCAACGAGCUGCUAUGGGCUGUGGUGGCUGCUUUCACUAAAUGAGGGAACAGCAGGCAGUGGCGUUGACGUGACAGUGGGGGUGAAAAUUACUCCUGACCCUGACAUUUUGACUUUAGUGACUUCUGGUACCAGACGCCUGGAUUUUGUGGCAUGGGCUGCCCUGUUUCCUCUUUCUGUUUCUUUUCCUUCCUGAUGAUUCUCUUUGAUGAUGCUCCAUGACCCUGUCUCUACCCUGCAUCAGUUAUGUGUUCACUUUCAUAAAAACUAGCUGUGGUUAAAUGCCACGUCACAUGAAGUGCUUGCUGAUGGUAUGGGUAGGCCUGAAAUCACUGAUUCAUAUCCUGUUUUUCUUUUUUUAAGAGUGUGGUACAGAUGUCACAGGUUAUCAACAAUGAUGUACAUGUGCACAGCAGCAGGAAAGUAAAAGGUUAGAUGAGCUGGAGUCUAAUUUAUUGGGAGUAACAUCUGUACUGGUCCACUCUGUGACUGUGGGCCACCAUCAGAUUGAGUUCCAGAUGUUUGCUCAGUUGUUGGGACACUAACUCCUGUUUGGUUUGCCUCUGUUGUGCUGCUGGCAUAGUUAGAAGUGAGUCACUGAAAACCGGUAUAAAUUUGAUCGUGAUGAUGAAACCUCUCCUACAAUACCAGUGUGGCCACCGUCGAGGCACGAGCACGGACCCGUACAUGAUGGAGCGAGCCUUGCAUCAUCAACGCACCCAGUGACGGACGAUGCUGUAGCACUGAAGCUAUCCUGGCUCCAUGUUCUUACUAACCCACAGGGUUUUGUUUUCAUUUGACACCAGUCUGUAGCUCUGUAACGUCACUGGUUUGUAUGGUCGUUUACAUGUUGGGAAUGAAGAAGUAAAACUUGAUGUAUAGCUCGCUCA